UUGCUCUUAUUUUAACCUUGUAAUUAGAGCAUCAGCGUCCUUCCCACUGGAGGUGAAGCCCAUCCCCGCCCCUCCUGAGCAGCCACCAGCGUAAAAUCCAGCGCCAGCUCGCAAAUGAGCGACAGACCCGGCAGCCAGGGAGCAUGCACGGAGUUUGGAGAAAAUGUUAACAGGGGCCUGUGAUUGAUCCAGUUUUAUCUUCUUACUUUGUCUUAGAUGACAUGUUUUAAAUGUCCACGGUGCGGCAGAGGGAAAUGUUUUUGGGGCAGAGCGCAUCCAGAGACAAACGGAGGCUCCCAUUAAAUCAGUGAUUGCACCAAAUCGGUUCAAGUUUUAACUGCGCGGAGUAGAAAUUUACUCCCCCCCGGUCAAAGCGCACUGAUGAUGUCUCUAGUGGUUCACCUGAAGACGGUAGCUCACCUUCGAGGGAAAGGUGACAGGAUCGCGAAAGUUACAUUCAGAGGUCUGCCCCUCUGCAGCCGCGUAGCAGAGAACUGUGAGGAGGUGGCUCACUUUAAUGAGACUUUUCGGUGGCCCAUUGCCAGCAGACUUGAUGAAAAUGAGAUGUUGGAGAUCCAAGUGUACAAUUAUAGCAAAGUCUUCUCAAAUAGACUGGUUGGGACAUUUUGUAUGGUGCUUCAGAAAGUGGCUGAAGAGGGACAUUUAGAGCUGACAGAUACCCUCAUUGAUGACAACAACACAUCAAUAAAGACAAGCGUCACCAUAGAUAUCAAAUACCAGCAAAUGGAUGGCACAAUGGGAAUGUGGAGCGAUGGAGAAUUCUUGGAUGUUCCUGAUGACCGUGAUGGGAUGUUUUCCUUUGAAACAGACAGCUUGCUUUCCGGACAGAGCCACGGGUCAAGGACAUCCCCUGGAAGGUCCUUGCAGGGGUCCAUACCAACCUUCAGGAAAGCAGGGAGAGGAGUUUUCUCAGCCAUGAAACUUGGCAAGACAAAAAGCUCCAAAGACGACCAUAAGAGAGGAGAUGAACCAGCAGUCCUGGUAAUGGAAGAUCUGGAUAAGAAAGCCAUGCGUCUUGCUGGAAUGCUGGAGCCGGACACAAUAUCUAUGGCCUCAGUGACUGCCGUCACAACUAACGUUUCCAAUAAAAGGUCAAAGCCAGAUAUCAAGAUGGAACCAAGCUCUGGAAGGCCAGUUGAUUAUCAGAUCAGCAUCACAGUCAUUGAGGCUCGACAGCUAAUUGGCCUAAACAUGGACCCCGUGGUGUGUGUCGAGGUCGGAGAUGACAAGAAAUAUACAUCCAUGAAGGAGUCCACCAAUUGCCCAUACUAUAAUGAGUAUUUUGUCUUCGAUUUCCACGUCCCUCCAGAUGUCAUGUUUGACAAGGUCAUCAAGCUCUCGGUUAUUCAUUCUAAAAACCUUUUAAGAAGUGGAACAUUGGUGGGAACCUUUAAGAUGGAUGUUGGGACUGUUUACUCUCAGCCUGAACACCAGUUCUACCACAAAUGGGCCAUCCUGUCUGAUCCUGAUGACAUCACAGCUGGGUGCAAAGGAUACGUAAAGUGUGACAUUGCUGUUGUUGGGAAAGGUGACAACAUUAAGACCCCUCAUAAAGCCAAUGAGACGGAUGAGGAUGACAUAGAGGGAAAUCUGCUCCUCCCAGAAGGCAUCCCAGCAGAGAGGCAGUGGGCUAGAUUUUAUAUCAAGAUCCACCGUGCUGAGGGACUUCCUAAAAUGAACACCAGCAUCAUGGCGAAUGUGAAAAAGGCCUUCAUUGGAGAAAACAGAGACCUUGUUGACCCCUAUGUUCAAGUGCAGUUUUCUGGGCAAAAGGGAAAGACUUCAGUCCAGAAGAGCAGCUACGAACCAAUCUGGAAUGAGCAAGUCAUCUUCACAGAGCAAUUUCCUCCUCUUUGCAAAAGGAUCAAGGUACAGAUUAGAGACUCGGAUAAGGUCAAUGACGUUGCCAUAGGAACCCACUUCAUCGAUCUACGGAAGAUCUCAAAUGAUGGUGAUAAAGGCUUUUUGCCCACACUGGGUCCAGCCUGGGUCAACAUGUACGGCUCCACUCGUCAGUACACACUGAUGGACGAGCACCAGGACUUAAAUGAUGGGCUCGGGGAAGGCGUAUCCUUCAGAGCACGCCUCCUAAUUUCUGUAGCUGUGGAGAUCCUGGAUACCACAUCGCCUGAAAUCAUCUGCUCAACUGAGGUUCAAGUGGAACCUGUCUCCAACAUCUCAGAGAGUGCCACAGGGAAAAUGGAAGAGUUCUUCUUGUUUGGUUCGUUUCUGGAGGCUACCAUGAUAGACAGGAAGAUUGGUGACAAACCGAUAAAUUUUGAAAUCACAAUAGGAAAUUAUGGCAACCAGAUUGAUGGUGUGAGCAAAUCUUCCUCUGUGAAGAAGAAAAAGAAAGAAGGAGAGAAUGAAGAGGAGGAAAAUGAGCUGAUCCAGAACUCCAGUGAGGAUGAGGACGAAGAGGAUGGGGACCUCACCUCAGUCUCCUCAACUCCUCCCAUGAAGCCUUUCACCACAGACAGAAACUACUUCCAUUUGCCCUACUUUGAAAAAAAGCCAUGUGUCUACAUCAAGAGCUGGUGGCAGGACCAGAGAAGACGGCUUUAUAACUCAAACAUGAUGGAUAAGAUUGCAGACAAGUUGGAAGAGGGCCUAAAUGAUGUUCAAGAGAUUAUUAAGACAGAGAAGGCCUUUCCAGAGCGCAGACUGAGAGGAGUUCUGGAGGAGCUCAGUGUUGGCUGCAGUCGGUAUGUGACACUUGCUAACAAAGACGUGAACCUGGCAGGCAGAACCAAGCUUGAUCGAGAACGGGUCAAGUCUUCCAUGAGAGAGAUGGAUAGUAUGGGACAGCAGGCCAAACAGAUCCGCACACAGGUGAAGAAAAACACAGUCAAAGACAAACUCAGGCUGGUGCAGAACUUCCUGCAGAGACUCCGUUUCCUUGCUGAUGAGCCUCAGCACUGCAUCCCAGAUGUUUUCAUCUGGAUGAUGAGCAACAACAAGCGCAUCGCCUAUGCUCGGAUUCCUUCCAAAGAUAUUUUGUACUCCAUGGUGGAUGAAGAAACUGGCAAAGACUGUGGGAAAGUCAAAGCGGUCUUUCUCAAGCUGCCUGGUAAGAAGGGAUUUGGCCCUAAUGGAUGGACAGUUCAGGUGAAAUUGGAGUUAUAUCUGUGGCUCGGCCUGAACAAGAACCGGAAGGACUUCCUAAAUGGUCUCCCAAAUGGUUUUGAAGAGAUUAAAGCCCCCAAAACGGGCCCUGGGCUUCAGUCUGUACCUCCAGUCACCCUCAUCUACAACAUGAAGCAAGUGUUCCAGCUGAGAGCUCACAUGUACCAGGCCCGCAGUCUGUUUGCUGCUGACAGCAGUGGGCUUUCGGACCCCUUCGCUCGGGUUUUCUUCUCUGCACAAAGCCAGGUUACUGAGGUUCUAAAUGAGACUCUCUGCCCCACGUGGGACCAGCUGCUGGUGUUUGAUGAUGUAGAGCUGUUUGGAGAGGCUAGUGAGCUGAGAGACGAUCCUCCGAUCAUUGUGGUUGAAUUCUAUGACCAAGACACUGUGGGUAAGGCAGAGUUUAUAGGUCGUACGUUUGCAAAGCCCACCAUUAAGAUGUGUGACGAGCCAUACGGGCCCCCAAGGUUCCCCCCACAGCUCGAGUACUACCAGAUAUACAGAGGGAACAGCACUGCAGGCGAGCUGCUAGCUGCCUUUGAGCUACUACAGAUACCCUUUGAUACAGAGGAGAUCAGGCGAGCUCUAAUUGCUGUCCAUGACUUUGCUGUUCCUCAAAUAAAGAUUGGUCAAGGAGGCAGGGCUGACCUUCCUCCUCUUGAAGGGCCGACAGAGUCAGAGCGCGGACCCAUCCUUCCUGUGCCACUGGGCAUACGUCCUGUCCUGAGUCGCUACCGCAUAGAGGUAUUAUUCUGGGGAUUAAGAGACCUGAAAAGGAUCAACUUGGCCCAAGUUGAUCGACCCCGAGUGGACAUAGAGUGUGCAGGACGAGGAGUUCAAUCUGCCCUCAUUCAGAACUACAAGAAGAAUCCUAACUUCAGCACCCUGGUCAAAUGGUUUGAAGUGGACCUGCCAGAAAACGAGCUUCUCCAUCCUCCUCUUAAUAUCCGGGUGGUGGACUGCAGAGCAUUUGGACGCUACAUCCUGGUUGGGUCCCACGCUGUUUCCACCCUGAGACGUUUUAUCUACAGUCCUCCUGACAAAAGCUGUAACAAUUGGGCCUCUGCAGCUAAGCUAAUGAAUGGCUACAUGGUUCUAACCAAUGGCUGCUCCCACGCUCGCUCCUCACCCAGCUAUUCUUCCCGCACCUUCUCUCGCCCCGCAGGUGACAUCGCCGUCAACCUAGAAGCUGAGUCCCCAAUACGAAAGAUGGACACAGUUGUCAAGUUGGAUGCUAUGUCAGAUGCUGUUGUAAAAGUUGACAUGAGUGAAGAAGAGAGUGACAAAGAAAAAAAGAAGAAGAAAAAGAAGAAGAAGGGAGGAGUGGAGGAGGAGGAAGAGACAGAUGAGAGGGUGCUGGACUGGUGGUCCAAAUAUUUUGCCUCCAUUGAGACGCUGAAAGAGAACCUCAGAGCCCAGGAAGCAGCUCAGGCAGAGGCAGAGGAGAGGGAAGACCUGGAAAUGGUAGCCGAGGCAACAGAUAUCAGACCCGAAGAUCUACAUCUAAAAGGCUCCAAGAUGAAAGAAAGGUUCAAAGAGAAGAAAAGCUUCAAGGACAAGAAGAAAAGUCAUGCUGCGGACGGCUUAGAGAAACGACCCCUUAAAGCAAGAGUGGACGAGCUGAUGGUGUACAACAAAGAGCUGGAGUAUGAGUAUGGCAACUUUGAGGAUUGGCUUCACACGUUCAACUUGUACAGAGGAAAAGCUGGAGAUGACGAUGAACAUGCCCUGGAUGAUGACAGGAUUGUUGGCAGAUUCAAGGGGUCCUUAUGUAUGUACAAAGUACCUCUUUCUCAGGAGAUCACAAGAGAAGCAGGGUAUGAUCCCAAUAUGGGGAUGUUCCAGAGCAUUCCGCAUAACGAUCCCAUUCGCGUUCUUGUCCGUGUCUUUGUGGUCAGGGCCACAGACCUUCAUCCUGCUGAUAUCAAUGGGAAGGCUGAUCCAUACGUCGUCAUUAAGCUGGGCAAGUCAGAAAUAAAAGACAAAGAGAACUACAUCUCCAAGCAGCUCAAUCCUGUAUUUGGCAAAUCCUUUGACAUUGAAGCCACCUUCCCCAUGGAGUCAAUGUUAACAGUGUCCGUGUACGACUGGGACCUGGUCGGCACUGAUGACCUAAUCGGAGAGACAAAGAUCGACCUGGAGAAUCGGUUCUACAGCAAGUACAGAGCAACAUGUGGCAUUGCGUCAAACUACUCUCUGCAUGGAUACAACAUUUGGCGUGAUCCUAUGAAACCAAGCCAGAUCCUAGCUAAGUUCUGUAAGGAAGGAAAGAUUGACGGACCUCAUUAUGGGCCGGGAGGCAAAGUCAAAGUGGCGAAUCGAAUCUUUACUGGACCAACAGAAAUAGAGGAUGAAAAUGGUCUAAAGAAGCAGACAGAGGAGCAUUUAGCCCUGAUCGUGUUGAACCACUGGGAGGAGAUCCCGCGAGUUGGCUGCAAGCUUGUUCCUGAACAUGUGGAAACCAGACCCCUUCUAAACCUGGACAAACCUGGAAUCGAGCAGGGGCGUAUUGAGAUGUGGGUGGACAUGUUUCCAAUGGAUAUGCCCGCUCCUGGACCUGCAAUUGACAUAUCACCACGAAAACCAAAAAGAUAUGAGCUCAGGGUGAUUAUUUGGAAUACUGAUGAAGUAAUACUGGAAGACGAUGAUUACUUCACUGGGGAAAAGUCCAGUGACAUAUUUGUCAGGGGUUUUGAGCUUCGUGUUAUUAUUUGGAACACUGAUGACGUAAUUCUAGAGGACGAUGCUUUCUUGACAGGAGAGAAGAUGUCUGACAUCUAUGUCAGGGGAUGGCUGAAGGGGCAGCAAGAAGACAAACAGGACACAGAUGUGCAUUACCACUCCCUGACUGGUGAGGGUAAUUUCAACUGGCGCUUCGUCUUCCCCUUCGAUUACCUCAUGGCUGAGGAGAAGAUCGUCAUCUCUAAGAAAGAGUCCAUGUUCUCUUGGGACGAGACUGAAUACAAGAUCCCUCCUCGUCUCACGCUGCAGGUCUGGGAUGCCGACCACUUUUCUGCUGAUGACUUCCUAGGGGCUAUUGAGCUGGACCUGAACAGGUUCCCCCGCGGCGCAAAGACAGCCAAGCAGUGCACUCUCGACAUGAUCCGAAAUGAGCAGGAGCUUCCCACCAUUUCCAUCUUCAAGCAGAAAAGGGUCAAAGGCUGGUGGCCUUUUGUGGCGCGUGAUGAGAACGACGAGAUGGAGCUCACAGGCAAAGUUGAGGCUGAGCUUCACCUUGUGACUGCAGAGGAAGCAGAGAAAUGUCCUGUGGGACUGGGACGAAAUGAGCCAGACCCACUGGAGAAACCAAAUCGCCCAGACACCACCUUCCUGUGGUUCCUGAGCCCGCUGAAAGCCAUCCGCUACCUGGUGUGCAAUCGCUACAAGUGGCUGAUCAUCAAGAUAGUGCUGGCCCUGCUACUGCUCAUCAUGAUCGGCCUCUUCCUCUACAGCAUGCCGGGCUACCUUGUCAAGAAGAUGCUAGGGGCUUAGUGCACCGUUGGGAGGAAGGGGAGGAUAAUGAGGGCGGGGGGGUUACAGGGGGAUCAAGAGCACAAAUCAUGGCUCACCUACUAGGAGGGACUCCUCUCCAAUCCCCUCUGGUAUUUGUAACACUACUUAAUGCUUUAGCAGACAAUUGCAUGGGAUUCAUUUCAUGUGAUGCUACAUGAGCUACAUACACUGUCUGACUGAUGACUGAUGUUAAUAGGGAACAAAUGAAGGUGAUUCUUGAUAACACUUUGCCUUCCUUCUGUUUGAGCAUUUAUAAGAACUUCAUAACCUUUCAGAAACUUUCAGGCUUUAUAAUACAUAGCAUAAACACACAUAGCACAUUUAUAGGGGAUAUAUCAUGCUUUUAAAGUAAAGAAACCUUGAGAGACUAAAUGAAAGUUUUCUGCUCUCCUACAGAGUCCAAGUACACAACAAAAUGUAUUUAAGGGCUAAAAAUUGGAUUUUGCAUGAAAUGUCCCCUUUAAAGUAAAAGUGAUGUUUUUAUUUUAUACUUACAGUUCUUUAUAUUCUAUCAUCUAUAUACAGGGGUUGGACAAUGAAACUGAAACACCUGGUUUUAGACCACAAUAAUUUAUUAGUAUGGUGUAGGGCCUCCUUUUGCGGCCAAUACAGCGUCAAUUCGUCUUGGGAAUGACAUA